AUGGCCACUUCUCGUAUUUACAAUUGUGUUUUUUACUUUAAAUCACUUUUUAAUCCUAUAUUGAAAUCAUGGUCGCCAAAACUUCUGGCACAUCAUGAAACUACUCGCAUCUCUCGUAGAUAUUCUGCGAAGUGUCCACCAGUGAAAGGAGGGUCAGGAGCACCCAAAAAAGUUGAUCCUCGAAGACUGUUCAAAGUCUAUCGAUACGGAGGUAUAGCGUCGAAAGAAUCCCCAAAGAUGCAAACUUUCGAACUAGACGUUUCAAAAUGUGGUCCAAUGCUCCUUGAUGCAAUGAUCAAACUCAAAGACAUGGAUCCAACAUUUAGCUUCAGAAGAUCCUGUCGAGAAGGUAUUUGUGGAUCGUGCGCUGUUUGUCUCCAAGGUCACAACUGUCUGGCAUGUAUUACAGCAAUUCCACCGGCUAAAACCAUUACCCUCCACCCUCUACCACAUAUGUAUGUCCUCAGAGAUCUAGUGGUGGAUAUGACACAUUUCUUAAAUCAGUACAACUCAAUCCGGCCAUAUCUUAUAAGGAAGUCUACGCCUCGAAGCAUGGGACAGUUUCAGUACGCGCAGAGUGAUGCCGAUUGGCACAAGUUCGUAGGAUUAUAUGAGUGUGUGUUGUGCGCAUGUUGUGCGACAUCUUGCCCCAGCUAUUGGUGGAAUGGGCGCAGAUUCCUAGGUCCGGCGACAUUGCUGCACGCUUACCGAUGGGUGAUUGACUCUAGAGAUGAAGACACUUUUAACCGUUUAUGUGAAUUACGGGACGACUUCAAAGCAUUCCGGUGCCACACAAUCUUAAAUUGUGCUCUAGCUUGCCCUAAGGGAUUGAAUCCUGGGUUAGCUAUUGCGAAACUGAAACGCCUAAUAACGGGACUAGAUAAAAAACCACCACCAGAUAUGGAUCCCUUGAAAUUGAGUAGUGGUGGUAAAGGAGGUUUAGAGUCAUGUAUCGCAAAACAAUCUAAAAAGAAGAAGUGUUAA